GGGCAAGCAACGCAUUGCUGGAAGGCAGCUGCAAGGGUCCCUGAUUUACGCGCUGCAGUCACUAUCGCGUUGUUGCUGCGCAAGCAGAGCGCGCUUCUGCACCCCAACGGCUCCCCCGCUACCCACGACCUUUGCCUUUGACAAAAAGCGAUACGAGGGCAGUGUAAAUUCCUCCCGCUGUGCGGACGCGUCGAUUUUAACCUGCCUGAAGAUGCCUGGCCGCACAGUGAAUAGUCUCGGCGGCGAGUCUUCGCGACGGAAACGUGCGCUUUUCGAGCAGGCCGACUCGGAACACUCCGAGGUUUUAGAGUCUGUCGCCGCACAAUCUUCUCUGCGGCAUGAGCCUAGGAAGCGACCGCGCAUGUCAAACGGAGAACCACACGAGCGGCGAUCAAGCCAUCACACUUCAAAUGGAGAAGGUCCCAGUGGUCACAACUCUACCGAGAUGGAUGUUGAUCAAGGCAGCGACGACGAAGACGAUGAGGGCAACUCAGCAGAGCAAGACGACUCUACCGCCCCGCUGUCGACGCAGUACGAAACCCUCCGCGACGGCGGAUUUGAGCACCUCCAGCACGAGAGAGAGGACGACCUGCGGGCAACGCAACGCAUCAACAGCCGCCCCCAGCUUCUUGGCGACAAUCACGCCGCCCUGAACGGCAUCUUGGAGAGCGUCACAUGUAUCAACUUUAUGUGCCACGAGAGGCUACACUGCGAGCUUGGCCCUCUCCUUAACUUCAUCGUGGGCGAGAACGGGAGCGGAAAGAGCGCCAUCCUGACCGCGCUCACCCUCUGUCUUGGUGGCAAGGCGAGCUCAACCAAUCGAGGAGGCAGCCUCAAGGCAUUCAUCAAAGAGGGCAGCGACCAGGCUAUUCUCAGCGUCAAGAUCAAGAACCAAGGCAUAGAUGCGUACCAGCAUGACAUCUAUGGCGACUCCAUCAUUGUCGAGCGCCACUUCAACAGGUCUGGGAGCAGUGGCUUCAAGGUCAAAUCGGCUACGGGCAAACUCAUCUCCAACAAGCGAGGCGAGGUCUCCGAGAUUGCAGAGUACUUUUGUCUCCAGGUGGACAACCCGCUCAACGUCCUCUCGCAAGACAAUGCGCGGUCGUUUCUCAACUCCUCGUCUGACUUGCAAAAAUACCAGUUCUUCAUCCAGGGCGUUCAGCUCGAGCAGCUAGACAAUGACUACCGUCUAAUCAUGGAGUAUGUCGAGGCGGUGCAGAGCAAGCUGCCCGAGCAGGAGGAGCGUGUCAAGGCCACAAAGAAGAAACUGAACGAGGCCGAAAGGCUGCUCGAGUCCAUCGAGCAGAACAAGGAGCUCCGGCGGAAGCGGCGUCUUUACACCCAGCAACUUGCCUGGUCGCAAGUCAAGGAACAGGAAGACAUCUUGAAGCAACGCGAGGAGGAGGUCGAGGCAUGCACAGACCGCAUAACCAACGCAGAAGCGACAGCCCAGCGCCUCACCCAGGCCCUCGCGUCCGCCGAUGCCAAGCACGAGCGAGCCGUAGCAGCCCGGGACGCCCUGCUCGAUGGAGAAGCCACGGAGAUUGAGAGAAGGAUAGAGGCUGCCACCAAGGACUUUCACCAGGCCAAGUCUGAUCUCGAAAACAUUCGGCGCGAGGAACGUGAUGCUCACGCUCAGCUCAGAAACGCCAAUACGGAACUGGAGAAAAACGCGGCCACGGUCGCGGAGGAAAAGGCACGUGUCGCCGGUUCGACAGGCGAACAGGUCGCGAGGAAGCGUGAGCAGCGUGCAGAGGAGGAUCAGCGCCUCGCGAGGAUCCACCGUGAAAUGAAGGAGAACGGCGACCGUGGCCCCGAGCUCGAGCGUCGUCGAGACGAGGCCAAAUCUGAGCAGAGGCGCAUGCACCAGGCAGUCGAAUCCAAGACUAGGGAGGUCAGGGCCAUGGAGACAAGGCUGAAGGAUCUAGAGCGAAACGAUAGGUCUCCCCUCGACGCCUACGAGCGGGGGGUCCCAGAGCUCCUGCGCCAGAUCGCCAACGACAACGGGUACAGAGAGAAACCGAUCGGUCCCCUCGGGUCACUUAUCAGCGUCACGAAGCCCCAGUGGACAAGCCUGCUGGAAAAGACGUUUGGAAGGGUCCUCAACGGGUUCAUCGUCACUAGCAAAGCGGACCAGCAGCGACUUCAGAGGUCAAUGGAGAACUUUAGAAUAAGGAGCUGCCCCGUCCUGAUCGCAAACCGGACCGUGAUCGACACGCGGGGCAAGGAGCCAGACUCGGAAUUCGACACGAUCCUGCGAGUGCUCAAGUUUGAGGAUGACAUGGUUCGCAACCAGCUCAUCAUCAAUAGCUUCAUCGAGCAGAUCAUCCUCGUGGAAAAGCGCCUGGAUGCUGAGAACGUCCUUUUUAAGGGCCCUCCCCCGCGAAACGUCAAGGCCUGCAUCUGCUUCCACGACAUAAAACGCGGGCAGGGGCUGAGGCUAACGAAUAGGGGUGGCGGGUCCAAUCUUGCGACUGCUCCCGUUGUGCCGGGUUCCCAGAAGCCGCGCAUGAAGGCUGACAUGCAUGCCCAGGUCUCGCAGAUCCGCGAGGCUUUGUCACAGCUACAGACUGAGCUGGCCGAUCUGGUGCGCAGACGAGAUGAGCUGAAGCACCAGGCUCAGGUGUGCGAGCAGGAGUUGGUACAGCAAAAGAGGAGACACCAAGACCUUACCAAGGCCGAACGACAGUGUCAAGGGAAAAUAUUCACCCUUGAUCAUGAGCUCGACGACUUUGAAGGGUACGACGAUCGUCUCAAGGCACUCGAGGCCGCCCGGGUACGGCUCGAGGAGGAGUACGAGACGUUUGGACAACAGUAUGGAGAGCUGAAGAUGCUAGUCACAGAGCAUAGCCGCAAGGCAGAUGAUUUCAGGAGGAAACUCGCCGAGGAGAAGCUCCAGCAGCAGGACUUCGACGCGCGGCGCACCAAGGCCGAAGCCCAGGUCAACAUGGCGCACGACGCAAGGCGUCUGGUGCUCAGACAGAAGAACGACGCGUUCGAGGAGGUGGAGAAGGCGAAGGAGGACAAGCGGAUCGCCCAGAGGAAGACGCAGGAGCAGCAGGAUGUUGUGGCUACCUUCAUAAGCGAGGCGGUCAAGUUUAUUCCUGAGCGCGUGUUCGUGCCCGACGGCGAGACGUACAAGAGUAUCGAGGCCAAGGUGGCCACGAUCAAGAAGCAACUGGACGCUCGCGAGAAGAGGAUCGGUAGGACCGACGAUCAGAUCAAAGACGACGCCGCAAAUGCCAAGAUUGCCCACAUGAACGCGUCAGACACGUUUGAGGGCAGCCGAGACAUCGUCAAGCAGCUGAAAAGGACGAUCGAUAUCCGACUAGACAAGUGGCGCAAUUUCCAGCGGUACAUAUCGUCGAGCGCGCGCGCCAACUUUUUGUACCUGCUGAGCGAGCGCGGCUACAGGGGUCAGCUAAUACUAGACCACGUCGACAAGAAGCUACAGGUGCAGGUCGAGCCGGAUGCGACACGCAAGAACGCGACGGGCAGGAACACCAAGACGCUGUCGGGCGGCGAGAAGUCCUUCUCGUCCAUCUGCCUGCUGCUGGCCAUCUGGGACUCGAUGGGCUCGCCGCUGCGGUGCCUCGACGAGUUUGACGUUUUCAUGGACAACGUCAACAGGGCCAUCAGCACAAACAUGCUGGUCUCGGCGGCGCGCAGGUCCGUCAGCCGGCAGUAUAUCAUGAUCACGCCGAACGCGAUCGAGGGUCGCGCAAAGGUUGACAAAGAUGUCAACAUUAUUAGGAUGAAGGAUCCUCGUCAGCGGACGAUGGACGAGUACCAGUAACUUGUUUUCACUGUCAGGGGUUUUAUUAAGAACUAUCAUGUUGCUUUUAUGUGUGUUCAAGGACAAACUCGAGUACCGGAUUCGCAUGGCGUUUUUCGGGGAGGCUCAUUCUCGGCGAACAGGACGGGGGCAUUGUCACUUAUUUGCUGUUUAUGCAUGCAGGCACCUCACAUAACCUCUUUCCCUUCCUAUUGUUUGUUUCGCCUAAAAUGGGGGCGCCGCAAGGCAACUAUACUCGAUACGUGGAGAGUCAUGUCGUUUUAUUUUACUGUAUUGAUACAAUUCUACGUGGGCCUGGCGGGUGGGUGUAUGAAGCUCAUGUCGGCAUCGACAAAGUCACAAACCAAACGAACAGCGCCACCUUUCCCCGUCGGAGCCGAAGUGAAACAGCAGUCCUCCUG